GGUGGGGGGCGUGUGGCUCUGAUAGAUAAUCUUGUAAUCAACGUGGAUUUUUCAUGCAAGAAAACACCCUCGUGAACUGGGUGACUGAUCAAAACAGCAGUUCAGCGCAACCGAUGCGUUUCUAAUUUGGACUCAACUGACCAGUUUCGGCGCUCUCCGUGUUAUAAGAGAAGAUGUCCCUGUCUGGGUGGGUGUGCGUGGUCACGGGGGCCUCCAGGGGCAUCGGCAGAGGAAUAGCUCUCCAGCUGUCUGAGGCAGGAGCCACCGUUUACAUCACCGGCCGCCAGGAGAACACUCUGAAAGAAACUGCUGCACAGGUCAGUGAGAGAGGUGGGAAAUGUGUGCCAGUUGUAUGUGAUUCUACAAAAGAUGAAGACAUUGAGGAACUUUUUGAACGCAUCAAACGUGAACAGAAUGGCAGAUUGGACGUCCUGGUUAAUAAUGCCUAUGCUGGAGUACAGUCUAUCUUUGAGAACAUGGGGAGGAAGUUUUGGGAAACCGAUCCAUCAAUUUGGGAUUCCAUCAACAAUGCAGGCCUCAGGGGUCACUACUUUUUCUCAGUUUAUGGCUCCCGGAUGAUGGUGGCACAAGGUCACGGUUUGAUCGUGAUCGUUUCAUCCAUGGGUGGGCUGAGUUACCUGUUCAAUGUGUCAUAUGGAGUUGGGAAAGCUGCAUGUGACAGGCUGGCAGCAGACAUGGCCUUUGAGCUAAAGAGAAGGGGCGUGGCUUCUGUCAGCCUGUGGCCAGGAGCCGUUCAAACAGAGUUGUUAUCUGAGCUUGUCCUGCAGAAAGGGGAACCACAAGGUUUGGACUCCAAGAUGGUAGAAGUAAUGAGAAAUGGAGAAACCACAGAACUGAGUGGGAAGUGCAUUGUCAACCUGGCAAAAGAUCCAAAUCUCAUGUCGCUGACUGGGAAGGUGCUCAUGACUUGUGACCUGGCGAGGCGCUACGGGAUAAAAGAUGUUGAUGGGCGGAGUGUGGCUGAUUAUACUUCUCUAAAAUUCUUGCUGGCUCAGAGCCCGUACCUCUCUUGGCUCUCAGUUAUCGUCCCCUCGUUCCUGCGUGUGCCGCGCUUUGUGCUCACUCUGGCAAACAGCCGCUUCUAAAGGCUUCCAGCAUCAGUUUGAGCAUCUGAGAGUUGUGGUUUUUAUGGUUUAAGACCACAGCAACUACAUGUCACUAAUGAAUGAAGUAUCACAAUUUACACUUUAUGUCCUUUCAAUGUGUUUUUUUAACAGUUUUAGUUAUAUAUUCACCUCUCUGCACCUACUUGAGUAUUUCAUGAUUGCUCCUCUGUGACAUUAGUUUAAAAGAGGUUGACAAGAAAGACUGGUUUUCCUGCAAAUGUUUUGAUGAAUAUCAGACAAAAGGUAAACCCUAAAAAGCUGACUUAUAACGACUGUAACUCAAAUAUAAGAUUUGAGGCAGGUUUACAAUAGCAAGGGUACAUUUACACUAGCUACUAAGAUAAAAUCAAAAUAAACUGUGAAGCAAGGGAGUUCAUAAUAUCUCGCUAUUGUCAAGAUAAAACAAUAUUGGAGUAAAGUAACUCUUAUUAAAGUGAAGUAUUUGCACAAACUCCUAACUGUAUUAACAAAUGAUAAUUAUGUGGACUGCUUUUUUUUAUUGUUUUCUUGCCGUGUCUCAUGGGAAUACGUUUUAUAUUACCCUAUUGAGUUUUUUGUAUACCCUCAAAUUCACAUGGAUAACAUGUUUUAAAAAUGUCUUUGAUUUUUGAGGUUUUGAGCCGAGUGAAGUAUAGUGAAGGAAUCAAAACAACUCUUCAAAAAACAGUCAUCAUACAUGUGCCAAAGUAUUUUGCGUCUUUUGGAUGAUUUGUUUUUUAAGAGGAAUUGAAAGACUGUGAGGAAGUUUCAAUGGAAAUGUCAUAGGACUUUGUGAAGUCACGGAAAGCUAUAGAAGUCUGAAAAUGUUACAUGAUAUAAAUGAAUUUCAGUUUGUGAUAACUAUUAAAAGAACUACACUACUCA